AUGCCCCGCGCUCGUGGUAAAGCGAAGCAGACGCGGCUUAGUUUUGCUCCUGUCGCUUCACCUUCACAAGCCGUCGAACCAAGCCCGGAAGAUGAUGCGAAUCGCCUGGCUACUUUACGAUAUGACCAUCCGUCACUGCCAACUAUCCGUAAAGACAGUUCGCGGCCACCUGAUUCCAAGGCGUCUCCCACCCCGUUUGUAGAGACCAAGCCUGCAGAGAAGAAGUCGAAGAAGUCGCGCUCGAAGUCGGAAAAACGCAAGCGCAAGUCUUCAAAGAAGUCGAAGAGAGGGACUGAGCCAGAAGAACCGAUCGCCUUGUCUGACUCCGAUGACGUUAUCGUAGUCGAGCAAGAUCGUGAAAGCCAUGGCCCGAUCCAAGACACAGCGCUCAAAAGCAAAGACAGCCAAUCUCUAAAACGAAAGAGAUCAUCUUCUCCGAAAGCCAUGGGCUCCUCCCCUCCCCCAAGACCGUCGAAUGCCGCCGCCUCGGACGAAAGUGACGCGGAAGACAUCGUCACGCGACCUGGACGGAAACUGAGACGCGGAGCAGCCCCCCAGCCCACGAUUGACCUCGAUGAUACCUCUGAAGACUCGGAAGAAGAGCGGGUGCGGUCAUCCCCAGUCAAAAGGCGAAGGCUUUUGCGGAGUUCCGAAGUGCCUCAGACCCCGCGUCGUGAGCUAGAUCAAGAUCAACUGGAUAUUGAGGAGGAUCUAGAAGACCUGCAAGAUUCAGUUGUCAAGGAAACUCGGACCCGCGGGCGACUUGCGAAUUCCGUACGGGCGCAGAGACAACAACACCUGGAAGCCCUCCGUCGCCGAAGGGCCGGAGACAAAAAGUCUACUCACGUCGAUGACGAGCAAUCGGAGCCAGAGUCCGAAUCAGCAGAGAGUGAUGCCGAAAGCGACGAAGAGAGUGCCAUUAAACAGCCGCGCUUCCGCCACGAGAAUAACGAUAGCGACGUUGAAUCGUCAAUCGCGAGUAAUGAGGACCUGGAUCGGUAUGAGGACGAUUUCGUGCUGGAAGACGAAGACGACAAGUUAGGAGCGCCCACCGACCUGCAGGGAAUGCCUUUCGAAUUUUCUCGGCACGCCUACAAACAGCUGAAGGACUACUUCCAGGAUGCAGUGGAAUGGAUGGUACACAAUCAGCUUAAUCCGGCAUUUCCUCGCUCCAGCCCAGUCUACGAAUUCGCCUUUACCAAAUUGGAAGACGAAGUCAGAGGACGGACUGGAUCACAGUUGGUGUCAUCAGUGUGGAACGCAGACUUCCGCAGAGCCUUGCUCGCAAGGCCGCAAAUCGAAAUCACAGCAUACCCGACAUCAGAGAAUCAUCCCUGCGAUGCGUGCAAUCGGUCCGGACAUCCUGCGUCUUUUGACAUCAAGUUUUACGGCAAGCCAUACUCUCUCGAGACUCUUGAACCCUUGACAGACGAAAACAGCGACGAUGAGGAGUCUGAAAAGGAAGACGACGGCGAGGAACGCGAUAGAGAUGGCUAUGUCUUGCCGAGCGAAAACAAGAGAUUCUACCUUGGAAGACACUGCAAAACCAAAGCAGAAAUGGCGCACACUCUCACCCACUGGCGAGCCCAUCUCAACGAAUGGGUGAUAGACCACCUUAGACAGACGGGAUACCUAUCGGAUGAGGCGGUCAUCAAACGCAGUCAUUGGAGCCAGAAACGCAAAGAAAAAUAUGCCACGGAGGCCAUGAGAACGAUGGUCGAAAACGACGAGGUCAAGAAACUCUGGAGGGACUUUCACAUCAAUCUGAGGACUGCCCGAGAGUCGGUUUUUGCUGUCGAAGAAGCUUUUCAGAACACCUUUUGA